AUGAGGAAACGGAAAACCAGCAGCCGGCCUCUUCUGCCGCUGUUGUGCGUCGUCGCCGGACUCUGGACGGCCGGCGUCAUGGCUCACGCCUCGCCAUCGAUUAACGACAUCGAUGUCGACGGCCUCGGCGUCUCCAGCGACGACACGUACUCCCUCACAUCCUUGCGACACAUUGGCUCUGCACCCGCUCCCGUCGUCGUCCGUUCCGACCCGGAGACAUGCCUCCACGCCUGCCAGCUGGCCUUGCGAGAGCCCACCUUUGUAGACGUCCCGCCCGAGGCCGGCUUCCGCGUCAAGGACUGCUACAGCCCGCUGAUGCAGGCGUCCUUGUUCAUUUGUCUGCGCGGGUACUGCUCGGACGGCCGCGGUGCUGGCAGCCUCGACGAGAUGAACCGGAGCUGCACCGCUCUGCGCAACGAGCCGCUGCCUUCGUUUGAGGGCGUGCUGGCCGACUACCCGCCCGACAAGGUGCUAGGGCUGCGUCGACUGCAGCGUCCCGAAGCUGUGGGCGGCACAGUCCUCUCAGAAGUCGUCGUCCUCUCCGAGCAGCUGUACGAGAACUCGUAUGACACGCUGGCGGACCUGAUCUACGUCCGCAAGUACCACCAUGGCUAUGGUCGGACCACGACGGGUUACCACCAGGUUGACGAGGAAGAGGCCGAGGAUGAUGAUCCUGUUCUUGGCGAUAUCGAUGCUACAGGCCGCGACUCCUACGACCAGAAGCAGGGUAUGACCCCAGCUGGCCACAGCUUUGCCCGCCGGCCGCGUGUCUGGCUGCAGCGCCACCUGACGAUGCCCGCGACCUUUGGCCAGCGCUGCUCACAAGACUUUGGCUGGUACACCGUGCCGCCGCGUGUGCAGUCCUUCACGCUCUUGAUCUUUGCCAUCAUGAAUACGGUCUUCUGCCUUCAUGGCUACCGUGUCUUCACAGGCAACAUCAUACUCACCGCCUCCAGCUGGCCCACUAUCACGCAACAACUCCUGCGCUAUGUCUCGGACCGCACCGGUAUCAUCUCUUGGGCCAACUUCCCGCUCAUCUGGCUCUUUGGCAUGCGCAAUAACAUCCUCCUGUGGCUGACUGGCUGGGACUUUGGCACCUACAACAACUUCCACCGCUGGGUCGCCCGCAUCGCUACUGUCCAGGCCAUUGUCCACUCCAUUGGUUACACUGCUCUCGUCUGGAAAGACGGCGGCUUCGCCAGCUUCCUGAACUAUUGGGCUCGCUUCUUCUGGUGGACGGGCGGCGUCGCCACUAUUUGUAUGUCACUGCUCCUGGGUCUCUCGCUCUACUGGAUACGUCGCCAUGCCUACGAGGUCUUUUUGCUAGUCCAUAUUGGCUUUUCCAUCCUCAUCCUCUUUGGCAUGCUGGCCCACGUGUCCAUCUUCCAUGGCGAGUACGACGUUUACUUUUGGGCGUGCAUCGUCGUGUGGGUAGCCGAUCGCGCCAUGCGUGCCCUGCGUAUCGUUGCCUUCAACCCGCUUUUCUGGAAGACGCGUGCCCAAGCUACCUACGAUCCGCAAUCCAACAUUGUACGUGUCGUCGUGCCGUACAAUGCGAGCCUCUACCAGCCGCAGCCAGGUACCUUCUACUACCUGCAUGUGCUCAACGACAAGCGCUUUUGGGAGAGUCAUCCGUUUACCGUGGCCACUGUGACCUCGCUCGAGAAGAAAAGGGGCCCGAUUCCGGACGUGGAUGCCGAUGUCGAUGCAAAUGCUCCCUCGUCGAUCAGCCCCCAAAAGCGCCGCUUACCGCCGCAGAUGGUCGAGCUCGAAAACCAGUCCAACGCACAAAGUGACACUGAGGAUGUUAAUCUCGGCGUGGAUACUGACGCAGACACACCAACAGCUGUCGAACAUGACACGUCCGAAAACAGCCGCCUGCUGUCGAACACCAACUACGGCAGCACCUGUUGUCACAAUCCAUAUCAGCCACCGUCCAACCAUGAGCAGAGACCCUCCUGCAGCCGCAUGGCCGCCACGGCCCACUCCGUUGCCUCCUCGGCCGUCUCUCCCCCAGCCCAUGCCGCCUCGUCCAUGACCUUCCUCAUCCGCCCCUACGACAGCUUCACGGGUCGGCUACGGGACAAAGCCGCCGCCGCGGCCAAUCCGGGCUACUCAUCUACAGACUGUUCCGCCGGCUCUGUCUCCCUCCGACCAGCCCCAGCCAAUCUUCGAGUUGUCAUCGACGGGCCGUACGGCCACGCCCAGCGCUUCGAUGACGAGUACGACUCAGUCCUCUUUGUCGUCGGCGGCAGCGGCAUUGUUGUGGCCUUGUCGCAUCUGACAGGCCUUGGUCGUGAUUACACGCUAUGCAAGGCGACGGCUGCGGGCCGCCGUCUCAAGCAUAUUCGCAUCGUCUGGGCCGUCCGCGAGGCCGCGUUUGCGGCCGAAGUGCUGCGGGAAGACCUUGGUGACAUAUUUGGUCACGACAGAGACAAUUCCACGAGUGGCAUGGGCAGGACGCGCGUUACCAUGGACAUUUAUGUUACCCAGUCCAAACCUAGCGGGAGUAGCCCUGUUGGGCAUGCGAGCGAAGAAAACGACGAGGACGAGACCGUCAAUGGCAGCGUCCGCGCCAGCCACGACCGCCCAAAGAAUGGGAAUGGUGUCGACCGACCACAACUUCCGCUGGGCGACACCAUCCUUGGUGAGCCCUUGCCUCACAACGUGCGUCUCCUCUAUGGCCGACCCGACGUGCGCAGCGAGGUGGAGGUGGCUGCCCGCCGUGGCCGCAACCGGGUGGGCAGCGCGGACCGCAAACUUGCCGUGGUUGCCUGCGGGCCCGGACGUAUGGCCGACGAGGCACGCAAGUCCGUGGUGGAUGUGUUGGGCCGGCGAGACGCCGGCAAUAUUGACUACCUGGAAGAGAGUUUUCAGUGGUAG